AGAGGGAGCUGCAGGGGUGGGGUGUUUGGAUGUACAUGAACAUGCCGACAGGAGAGCGUGGAGACGAACGAUGACAACCAUGCUGAGCCCAAAGAUCAGACAGACCAGGAGAGCCAGGUCAAAGAGCAUGGUGAUGGGCGAGGUGUCGCGAGGCUCAUGCCGGCCAGGCUCCCCCAGCCUCCAGGAGGGGGCACUGAAGGCUGGAUGGCUAAAGAAGCAACGCAGCAUCAUGAAAAACUGGCAGCUCCGCUGGUUUGUGCUGCGCUCAGACCAGCUCUACUUCUACAAAGACGAGGAAGAAACCAAACCGCAGGGCUGUAUACCUCUGCAGGGAUGCCAGGUCAACGAACUCACAGCCAACCCAGAUGAACCAGGAAGACACCUGUUUGAAAUCGUGCCAGGUGGAACAGGAGAGAAGGACCGGGCCCCUGUCAGCCAUGAAUCCUUCCUGCUCAUGGCAAAUACCCAGACAGACAUGGAUGACUGGGUCAAGGCCAUACGGCGGGUCAUCUGGGCGCCAUUCGGAGGAGGCAUAUUCGGCCAACGUCUAGAGGACACGGUGCAGUAUGAAAAGAAGUUUGGCCCCCGCCUUGCACCUCUGCUGGUGGAGCAGUGUGUGGACUUCAUCAGAGAGAGGGGUCUGGAUGAAGAGGGUCUCUUUCGGAUGCCAGGACAGGCCAACCUGGUCAAAGAGCUGCAGGAGGCCUUCGACUGUGGAGACAAGCCUCUGUUUGACAGUAAUACAGACGUCCACACAGUGGCAUCCUUGUUGAAGCUGUACCUACGAGAGCUGCCUGAACCAGUUAUCCCCUUCUCCAAAUAUGAAGACUUUCUAACUUGUGCACAGCUUUUGGCCAAAGAUGAGGAGGAGGGGAUCCAGGAACUUGGAAAGCAAGUGAGCACUCUACCUCUACCUAACUACAAUCUCCUCAAGUACAUAUGCAAAUUUCUAGAUGAGGUCCAGUCCCACUGUAAUGAGAACAAGAUGAGCGUCCAGAACCUUGCAACAGUAUUUGGACCAAACAUUCUUCGACCCAAGAUGGAGGACCCGAUUACUAUCAUGGAAGGAACAUCUCUAGUCCAGCAUCUAAUGACAGUCCUCAUUAGGGAACACAACCGGUUGUACUCAGGGAGGGACCAGGAAGGACCACUUUUACCCCAGACUGAGGUACCUGUCCAGGGACAUCAGCUCCAGCACCGCAGCCUAGGAGCUUGGAUCUCCGAGGAGGAUCUGCAGAGUUGCCCGGUCUCCAACCCUGACCAAGAACUUCACAGCAGUGCCUCGUCCCUGGAUGCCAAACUAAGCGCAGCCGUCACUACCACCCAGACCCCCAACCCGAACCCUGGACCAAAACUUGCAUCUUCUACAGGGAAGGGAGAGCAAGUGGUCAGUCCAAGUAAACAAGCCAAGACCAUGCCUUCCUGGAAAUACUCAUUUAAAAGCUCCUCAGCGCCCCGUUCCCAGCCGCAAGCUAAACAAAGUAACACUGGUGGCUCAGUGGCAGAUACAACCGGUGGAGGUGGGGGAGGUAACUGGCUGAUGAACGGUUUGUCCUCUUUGAGGGGACACCGGCGCACAUCAUCAGGCGAGCGGUCCACCCGUGAUCGCGACUCCACCGGAUCCUCCCAGAGACUGUCCACCUAUGACAACGUCACCUCCUCUUCUAGCAUGGGGAGCGUUCCAAGUGUUUCCAGCACGCCGUGGUCUACCUCAUCUUGCGAAAUCUCGGUGCCUGACUCCGGUGGAGAUCCUCCAGCACACCAGAACUUUGAGAGUAGUGUAGAAGUUGGUGAAAAGGGGGAGUGGAUGGAAAGCCAGAGGGAGGCUGAGAGAGAAAGGGAUGGAGGGAUGAUGACAGAGCCCAGCUCUGAACAGGACAGUUGUGAGGCCAUGGAACUUUGCAGCAGCAGUGCGGCCUGCAGCGAGAACGGGAAUAUGGCCAUAGCGGCUGGGGUGCCGUCCAUCAUCAUGACCGAAGAUGGGAAUGGGACAAACUUAACGUUGAGUAGUCUGGUAGAGGGACUUAAGGACGAGUUGAGAAAACAGAAGUCAACGUAUGAGGCCCGGAUUGAAAAACUGGAAGAGUCCAGCGCUGCUUUGUGUGCCCAGAUGGAGCGUUUGGAGCAAGAAAUGGAACAGGAGAGGAAGAAACAACGCAUGCUGGAGAUCAAACUUCGAAAUUCUGAACGGGCACGUGAAGACGCCGAAAACCGCAACCGGCUCCUAGAAAAGGAGAUGGAGGAUUUCUUUUCCACACUGGGGGACCUUGCCCUCGGAGCAAGGACAAGCGACAUUUGAUAUGACACACCUUUUUAGUUUGUCUGAGGCCAACACUGUAACCCUCAGUGUUUCAGGGGUUUGCGUCUUUUUCCAGGCAUCAGAACGUUCCUUCAAAAGAAAAUGAAAAGAAAAUAAAAGAAGCAUGUUGUUGCACAUUCCCGACAAGCUUGAAAUUAAAAUGUGGAGAUGAUAGAAAAUGCUAAACGCAGUAAUGUUGUAUUUGUCAGGACUGUCUCCAGUAGACAGUUUUGCCUCUUUCGCAUGCUUGAAACUGAAGGUUGAAAGGGCGCACCUGUGAUUAGCCAACACUCCUUGCAGAUAGUUCAUGGUUUAUGUGGUGAAGGCAGGACAUUUCAGGUGCCUGUACAUGAGCGAUAAGACAUAAUGUAACUUCCUUGACAUUCUCUGAACCACUUACUUCACAUGGACACUAAGUGAAUUGUUUUUGUGCUGAAACUUUAGAGUUGUUAGAAAUGUCAACGCUGAUGCAGACAGCUGAUUGAUAUUUAUCUUUAUGAGAUAUUUAUCUUAAAGCAAUAGUCUAACAUUUAGAAAAAUAUUCAAUUUCUUUCAGAGUAUUAAAUAUUAAGUUAGAUACUGCUCUGUCUGUACCUGAAGAAGUUACAGCUAGCAGCUGGUUAGCUUAACUUAAGACAAAGGGAAGGUAAGUACUCAUUUAAGCUUACUUUACAUGCAUGAAUAAGUACAUCUGUUUCAAACGCCACUACUCACACACUCCCCACAUGUGCUUUCAUUUGUAUGGUUGUAUCCACUAGAGGGCACUGCAGAGGUCAGCGUUCAAAGCUAAAUUAACAUCACAGAUAAAUUUGUAGUAGUUUGCAUCUUCAAGCAGCUGCUUUCUUAAUUUCUGUUAUAUUAUUUGUUCCUCUUACCUGGCUGCAUGCGAGCUAAAUUGUGCAACACUGCCCCCACAGUUCCUGUUGGUACUACUUCAUUUGAGUAAACAUCCUCAAACUCUCUGAAAACGUAUUUAAAUAUGUAUGAAAUGAACACAGAUAAUGGACGGAAGGCUCUAUCCAUAUGUAUAUGUGUAUUUAAUAUUGUUAAUAAAUGAGCCCAAGUGAGCUAGCUAGCUAAAGGCAGAAAUUAACCACUAACACGAAAAGGUAGCUUAGAGUCUGUAUCAUAGACUAUAUCUAUAUAAUCCACAUCAUAAUAGUCUACUUGCAGAAA